AGGUUAAAAAAGUAUAAAAUGGAAACGGAAUAUUUUUCGAAAGUUCUUUUAACAUCAGUCAUGUUUGCGUACAUACAAAUACUUGGGAUUAUAUAUCUGUACUUUAGAUUUGUUGACAGUCAAAAGACUACAAACAAUUCAGAUUCAAAGAAUAUUUCUGACCUUCAGAAAAGGGUGGAUAUGUUAGAAAGGACUGUUGGGAGAAUUCUGACUGGGAAAGACCAUGCAAAUAUCAGUGCUUUGAAGAUUUAUCAUCAGGGCAUUCCAACAUUCAACACCUCGCUCGUAGCUUUUAGCGCCCGAUAUGAAGAUAAAUCAGGACUCAGUAAUGGAUUCAUACUCAAGUUCUCUCAUGCCAUCACUAAUCUGGGUAACCACUACAAUCCGACGGACGGAAUAUUCGUCGCACCUGUUCAUGGACUGUACAUGUUUCACUGGACAAUGAACUGUUAUACGUCUGGGAGUAACCACUGUGGCACGUCUCUUAUGAUCAAUGGUUCUGGAAAAGGUUACGUAUACUCAGGGGAGAAUGCUGCUAAUCAUCACCAUACCGGUUCAAAUUCGCUGAUUCUCGAGGUUCAAGCAGGAGAUCACGUGUGGAUUGAAACCACUUCUUGGUCCAACGUCCGUAUCUAUCACUGGUCUUCUUUUUCUGGAUGUCUUAUGUCAGUCUUAUGAGAAUGAAUAUGAAAAUAAUAAGAAGUCUUCUUGGCGGAUUAAAGAUCGAGGACAUUGAUUAAUGACUCUUUGAUUAAUAUUAACUUGAAAAACUCUGAAAGACCUGGAUUUUACAAAACAAAAACCCAGAUGCACCAACUCCUGUUUGUAAUCGUGAUGUCAUAGUUGGUAAGAUUAACAAUGCCUUGAAUGUGGAUUGACUGUAUAUUGAUAACAUAGAUGUUUAAUAUAUAAAUCAUAAGCAAAUUAAGCAUUUCAAUAUUAACAUUUCUUUAAUUAUUUAUUUAGCAUAAAAGAUACGCAAUGUCAUUCAAACAGCAUAUUUUGUUUCGAUGUUUAAUGUCCA